AUGAACAAGCUAGGUGUCCCAGUUGCCCGAAGAAGGGGUCUCUCGGUCAAUGAAUUCACCGACGAUGAGAGGCGGGCAAUGAACAAUGCUUUAGACAAUUUGAAGGACGACAUGAACCUUGUUGAGACAAGAUGGAAUAAAAUCUUACAUGAAAAUACGAACCCUUUAGAACUUGCAUUAUCACUUCUUGAUGAUACAUCGGUCGGGUUAGGUCACAGACUAGACGAAUUCAAAACGCUUCAGUCAAAAGUUGCGUCCGACUUGCAACAAGCGGCUAACGAGCACUAUCAGGCGUUUAAUUCUAGCAUUGCCUCUUAUGAGCAAACAGUGGAGCUGAUUAACGUAUCUCAGCACAAUAUAACAUCAAUUCGUAACAAAUUUGACGAAUCGCUUGUCAAGUUCAACAGUUCUAAGGACUCGCUAGGCGAAUUGAAUGAGAGUUCAAUGCGAUACACUAGUAUGAUUGAAGUUAUAGACUCCUUAGAACGACUGGUGGCUAUUCCAGCCUUAAUUGAAGAAAAAACUCGAGAAAAGUCGUUUGAUGAAGCCAAAGAUGCUCUUUUACAGGUUCAUGAACUAGACCGCAAAUACAACAUCUGGAGUAUGCCCUGUUUACAGGCGAUCAAGCAGCAAGUCAAUUCCUAUAAUGAUUCCCUCUUUGAAACGAUCAUGGAGGAGAUAAAUGACCUUAUUUACUCAAAGAGACUAACUUCUGCUGUUGCUCAUAAGAGCAAUACCAAGUCGAAUGAAGAAGCUUUCAGCGUGGAAAACUAUCUAUCCAGCAUUGUCAAUAUAGAUAUUGGAGACCAAGCAAGAACCUUGAAUUCAAGUCUUUUCGAUUUUUUGAAAAAGCUUGGAAAACAAGCUUCAUCUGAAAAUGCCAGCGCUAAGAUGCACGACGAAGAUUCAGAUUAUAGUCGACUUUUCAAUUUGUUAAGAACACUUAAUGAUUUGAAUAAACUUCGUCCUGCCACGAAGAGCAUUCUGGAGCGCACAAGAGAAGAAAUUCACACCAUUGUCAAGAAAACGUCAGAAGAGAUUCGAGAAAACCAUCCUUCUCUCUUAAAAAUGGCCGUGACCAUGGAUUAUAACAAUGAUUAUGGACUUUUUGGUCAAAAUGCCGUGUCUGCUAUGAUUAGGAAUUUUUUUUGGAGCAUUUUUACUAAGCUUUCAUUUGCAGUGCAAGCGCAUAGAGCAGUCUACGAAAUCAUACGGUUUUUCAGUCCACCCUCACUGGGAGUAGAACAUUAUGAUUUUGAAAAAAUCUGGCAUCAGACUUUGAUAGAAAUCAAAACACUUUUCAUUAACUACACAUGUCCACCUUCUAUUUUCAGAGCUGGGUCUCCUCACGGCCUGACCUUUUCUAAUGGCAGCCAGGCAGAUACGAAACAAGCAGAAAGAACAAUGUACUUUUCCCUUCAAAGCAAUAUUAGCGAUACAUCUGCAGCUCAAGACCAUGCAAAUGUGUUAAAAAACAUGCUGAAAGAACUGUUUCCUGGUUUUUCUGCCUCUACGUCCAUUGAGCCAAACUCAAUCUUCCUAGAGGAAGAACACUUAGAGCAGGAAGAGACACUCAUACCCGCAAAUGUUUUCAAUGUUGUUCUUCUGUUAGAACCUUUUUUGCUCUAUAUUCAAGGAACCAUGAAUGCGAUACCAAAUGUGGAACAGGAUAUACAAUCACCGGUGGACUUUUUCGGGGAGUGUAUGUUAGGAAUAUUUGUUCCAUGCUUAGAAAGAACUCUCAAGUUUUAUUUUAGUCGCGAUGUCGAUACUGCUGAUGCAUACUCUUUAGUUACAAUAGCAGAGCAACAAUCGAUUUACAAGUCAGCAUUUGAGUUCAAAAAGUUGUUUUUCAAAAUCCUUUAUCUCAUGAACACAACUCAUACCUACCGAAAACCUAUUUCAAGGAUACUUUUGUUGAUACUAGACCAAUUUCAUCUGCAUUUCAGCAAGACUUUUGAAAAUGUGAUGAGAAAAGGACGCAAUCGCUUCGACAGAUACAUCGCCAGUGUCUGGAUGCGGAAUAAAAAAUUACUUCAAACAACUGAAAACAUCAUUAACGGAAACGCCGCUUUAAUCCCUAACGAGACAAGCGAAUUAUUUAUCAAUUGUCCUGAGUUUUACGUCGAAAACAAAGGUAUUUCAAGGCAAGAUUUUCUUACUAGCGCGACAUUAGGUUCUCUGAUUACUUUAGGCACCACCGUAACGUGGAUCAACGAAUGGCUGCCGCGUUUGAGAAAACAAACAGAGCCUGUUACUUUUGACGCUCGCGCUAUUAGUGCUGACGAACUAAGAGCUCAAUGGUCCAUUUUUGAGGUGUCUGAAUUCGACAAUUAUGAGCAGAUGUCGAAUCUCAAAUUUUCUCUAAAUGGAGAAGCAUUAACCCAUUUUGAUAAGCUUAUUUCUGGCUUCAAAUCGAUUGAGACUAGCGUUCUUUCUACUCUGCGCUACGACAUUAGAGCGCGUACAAUUCAUUUCAUCAGUCAUUUCUUUCAAACUUCAAGUUGGAAUCCUGAUGUGGUCAGCGUUGAACUUGAUGAAAACAUCGCAGUUCUCACUUCAGAACUGAGCACAAUGGAAAAUCGUUAUCGCGAAGGCCUUACGAAAAACCAAGUAGGGAUGAUUUUCUCCGGGUUGCCGGAUGUUUUGAGCUAUGCCUUUAUCAAAGGCUCGCGAUCAAUACCUGUCCUCACCCAAAUCGGCGUUAAAAGAAUUUUGAGAAACAUUAACGUGUUACAGCAUGCAUUCAGAAACAUCAUUGAAACAUCGACCGACAAUGACAUGUCAUCUGCAGUCAGCUACUUUCAAUUGUGUCUUUCCAAUGAAAAAGUCGUCAUCGAAAUGGCAAAUUCGGGGAAGCUUAGCGAGUACUCCGCCGAAGACAUCAAGAACAUAAUAAGGCUACAAUUUAGUGAGGAAAUGAGUCGUGCUGUGAGGCGACAAGGAAGCAUGGGGAGAAUGCCCUCCACUUCUGCAAAUAAACGUCUAUCAGAGGCGCUAGCUCGCCUGAAACUCAAGAUCUAA